AUGUUCAACAGGAACGCCUUCACAUUGGAUUACGCGCAGUUUUACUUUAGAGCGGUGCCAAUUAGUGGCCAACAGCAGCAACAACAGCAGCAGCAACAGCACCAGCAGCUCGUGCAGCAGCAAUUGCUAGCCCAGCAGCAGCAGCAACUGCAGAUACAGCAGCUGCAGCAACAAUUGCUGCUGCAGCGACUCGAGCGUGAGUUGCAGCAGAGUUACUCGUGCCUGCGGCAACGUUGGCUCACCGACUACGCAGCCCCCCAUCAGCAGCAUCAGCAGAUUGCCCAGCAGCAGCAGCUCCUUGCCGCCCAGCAGUUGCAGUUGCAGCACCAGCAACUGCAGCACCAGCAGCAGCAGCAGCAACAACAGCAGCAGCAGUACAGCUACUACUUCAGUCGCGGUAGCACCAACACCGAUCUGGGUCUCGGACUGGGCCUGGGCUUCGGUCUGGGCAGCGGCAACCUAGCCAGCUGGUACCAUCUGCCGUCCACAUCGGCGCACAUCUAUAUUGGAACCACCAGCAGCGGCGGUGCCCCGGGCAGCGCACCGUAUCCUCCGUAUCCGUACCGGAGCGUAGGUGGAUAUUCCGGAGGAGGUUAUCCGGCAGCGGCGCUCAUUAACUUCGAUGCCUCGCCGACACCGCUGUUAGCGUCAGCGGGAACUUCACCCGGCUAUUUGCCACCAUUGGCCAUUCCGGCAGCCUUACCACCACCGCCACCGGCGCCGAGUGUAGCCACCGAUUAUUACUUCAGCAGCCGGAGCACACGGACCGUUCCGCCACCGGUACCGCCCACUCCGGCAGCCGUUGCAGCAGCGGCAUCAGCAUCAGCGGUCUCCACCUCGCCGUUCCGUGAGUACGGGAGCGCGGCGGAGGAGCUGCAAGCUGGCUAUCGCUACAAGGCCACGCCACGCAGGCGGUACGACGCCUACGACAACUACGGCUAUCUGCCUGGCUUUGCCAGCACCACUGAAGACGAGGAGGACCUGCUCGAGGAGUGCCUGCCGCAGGAACUGCUCUCCACGGACUGCUCGAGUCUCGAGGAACUGCGCUUCUUCCAUCUGCAGGAGGAGGACGAGGACGAAGACGACGAGGAGGUUGCCACGCAGCUGGCCCACAUCCUUGACCUGCCGGAUUUUCUACAUCCCUACGGCGGCAGCGGCCGGGACAGCCUGCACAGCCACAAGACGCCGCCGCAACACGAGUACCAAACGGAGCACGGCUCAGCCGCAGCGGGAGGAGCAGGAUCUGCGGGAUCAGACGGUCGGGGUGGUGGUGGUGGUCAGUCGCAGCGCGUCCUUGAGGACCAGCGAUAUCAGCCCUACCAAUACCAACAGCAGCAACAGCAGCAGCAUCACCAGCAGCAGCAGCAACUUCACCAGCAACAUCAGUCGCACUUCCCACAGCAACAUCAGCACUUCCAGCCGUCGCAGCAGCAACUGCAGCAGCAGUCCUACCACUCGUACCAAUAUCCCUCGCAGGACAGCUGCGAAGGCUUCAACCAAUUCGCCACCAACGCGGGCAGCUGCCUGGGCAAUCAGAGAAUGAUGGUUAGCAAAUUGUGGAACAGCUGCUUCCCGGAGUUCACCCCGGACCAUGUGCAUCGCCACAACUUUUACCUAUGCCAGUGGCAACGGAACACGCAGGUGCGCAUCGUUUACCUGUUCUACCGAUGGAUAACGGCCAUCACCUGCCUGGCGGCACUGGUCUGCUCCUUGCUGGACAUCGGGCGCACGGACGAGCACUUUGAGCACCACUAUGCCAAGUGGUGGAUCUACUUGACCCACUGGGGACUGCUCUUCUGCACAGUCCAGGCCUGGCUGGCCGCAUGGAUAGUGACCCAGGGCAUGAUGGUGGAGCGCGAGGACUUCGAGAUCGUGCGGCAGGCGAAGAAGAGUCGCCUGCACCACUUGUACUGGGUGCUCUACACCUGUGCCACUGUCUAUGCGUUCAUCGUCACCAUGUGCUAUUGGCUACUGGUCCACAAUCCUGAAAUCCAUAAGAUCGAUGCGCUAAACAUAAUGGUCCAUGUGCUCAACACGAUUAUAAUGCUCAUCGAUUUGGCCAUCGUGGGGCAUCCGAUCAAGAUGAGCCACGCCUACUUUACCACUGGCAUUGGCCUGGCCUACGCCAUAUUCACGGGAAUCUAUUUCUUGGCCGGCGGAACAGACAGGAAAAACCAAACUGCCAUCUACCCGAUGAUGGACUGGACCAAACCGGGCAAGGCGAUCAUAGUGACGGCCUGUGCGAUCAUCUUUACGUUCUUCGUUCACUUCUGCUGUUACCUCCUUUACCGCGGACGAGUCUGGCUCUUCACCAAGCUAUGCAUCCGUGGACGGCACAAUCGGGAUGGUGAAAUGGGUGAGGGCCUGAACGAUGACUCCGGUUCCCGGAUGGGCGGUGGCGGUGCCGGAGGAUCAGCCGGUGGCGGAGGAGCAGCUGGUGGCUCGGUGGCUGGCGCUGGCGCUGUGGGCAGCAGCCAGGACUACGCCCAUCAGCAGCAGUAUCCCAUUGCCCACACGGAGCAGCCGCGGGCGGGCAGCCACCAACAGCAGCAGCAGCAGCCGCCGGGCAGUUACCAGCUGCCGCCACAGUAUUCCGGAUAUCUCCAACAACCAGUGGUCGCCGGCGUCAAUGUGGGUGUGAUCAGUGCAGAGGGCGUUUACCAGCCCAUUGGCACGGAUACUGGACGCACCAGUGGCGGCGGCGAUGGCAAGCACAAGUCCUCCUCGGGAUCAGCAGCUGGAACAGGAUCGGGUCAGGGUCAGGGACAGGGAUCGGGUUCGGGUUCGGGCUCGGCACUGACGCGCACCGUAGCCCAUUUGGAUGCGUCGCAACGGGAGCAGUUCCUCAAUCCCAACAAAAUCGUCGAGUACAAGAUGUAAAGGCGUUGCACCCGGCACCGGUAUACGUUCCACUUGUCCAUGAAGUUUCUGGAGAAGCACUGUGCCCAGUGCGAGGCGACGCGCAGCGCCAUCUGCGAGGAGGAGCGCCAUUUGGCAUGAGCACAGUGGUUAGUUUUUAGAUUUGCUUUCGAGACGUCUAGUUUUCGAAUAUACCUGCCAGGCCAAAUCGAUUGAUCGGGCUCAAAUCAGUAUUGCACAUGGUAUUGCUAUUUUUUUUUUGGCAAAGUAGUUUGUAACCGUAGUUUCGUAAUUUUGUAAAAGCUUUGCCAAUCCUUUUUAAAUGUGUAGACGCUUCUCAGUGUGCCGCAUAGCAUGCAUGCAAAUAUAGCACGACAAAGUUUUAGAAUAUUAGAAUUGUUCCAUUAAUGCAAAGGAUUACCGUUGAGUGUAUUCGGACUUUUUUUGAAUGGUAAUCUUUGCGGCAAGUCGUUCCAACAGUUUAAAACGUUUUAAUGGACUAAGUUGAACACGAUGUUUACAUUUAACGAAACCCACUCACAGUAUUUAAUUUGCAGCUCAGUUAUCUAUGUAUUUCAUGACAUAAUCAAGCAAUUGUGUUCAAAUAACAAAUUAACACACUGUCAGCAAUUAUUUUCAGAACCACACAGCGCUAGAGAAAACCGAGUAAACAAAAUGACAUACUGCCUACAAUGAUUUAAGUUAGGAACUUUUUUAAUUAGCUAAGUUAACCAUUUAUCCACACAAAUUUUAUAUAUCGGUGCAGGUGUUAAGCCAAUUCGUGCAUCAUCAUCCGAGGCAGAAGAAGGGAUAAACAAUUAAUAGAUGAUUUAAUUGAAAUGAAAGGGUCCUUUUCAAGGUCCUUGGGAUUAUUGAGCACAAGGAUGGCGAAUAGAAUUGGCAGUUUUUUUAAAAGGAGCUCAACGGCGCCGAACAAGGAGUACGUGAAUGUAGAGCAAAGAACAUUAAUUUUAGGAUACGCUUGGCAUUGGUUUGCUUAGUAAUUAGUGAAUUGAUAACAUAAAAUACGUUUCUUUAUAUGAAUAUAUUUUCCCAGCAAGCUCAGUCGCUGCUAGAACACUCUAAUAAACCUUAUUCUAGAAAGCACGACGUAAAGUAUUACGAUUAACAAUAUCAGAAAUAAAUAUUUUAGCAUACGAUGUUGAAAAGUAUAUUGCAAAACGUUUUACUUUUGACUCGAAUCCAAAUACGUACCCUACACAAAACCCUGAUAUCUUGCUUUUGUUGGUUUCUGCGAGUAUGGAAGAUACUGAAAACAGUGACUCGAUUUAUUACCAGACGGAAACCUAUAUAUGUAAAUAGUUGAUUUCGUUUAUGUUGAUCGACUUCUAACUAUAUUCAAAUGCAUAGCAAAAAUUUAGGAAUCUGUUGAAGAAAAUGUCGAUUCCCGUGAAAAGGAAGGUAUAGCAACCUUGAGUAAAAAUUCAGAAACAGCAA